UCGAUUAUUCACAGUGCAACCGCCGAUAGUAUCACAGUUAUCUGCACAGCAUUUUCUAACAAAAUAUUUUAAUAAUUUAAGUAAAUUAUUAACUUAACUAAAUCAAAAUGACUGCCGUACCGCCGCCUGCAAACAUUGCUACACUGAUGCCACUGGAGUUGGUGGACAAAUGCAUUGGCUCCCGCAUCCAUAUUAUCAUGAAGAACGACAAGGAGAUGGUUGGCACUUUAUUGGGCUUUGAUGACUUUGUGAACAUGCUGCUGGACGAUGUGACGGAGUACGAGAAUACGCCAGACGGUCGCCGCAUCACCAAAUUGGAUCAGAUUCUGUUGAAUGGCAACAACAUAACAAUGUUGGUACCCGGAGGCGAGCUGGCGGAGUAGCAAAUAUUCCAUUUAUAAGCAUAAAUUGUACUUUUGUAAAAUAACA